AUGGCAAAGGGGCUUGUCUACGCUAUUCCGAAUGUACAAACUCAAGGGACAGAAAUACUAAAUGUGGUGCUAGAUUUACGGCAGGACCCACAAGAAGAAGAGGCCACUCAGAAUGGAACACUUGAAGGCAAUAGACCUAAGCAGGAUAUCCAAAGGAUCCAAGGAUACCCAAGCAGCUAUCGUAGGAUGAGCCGAAAUAGGGAAAUCAAAACCAAGAGUCCAGAAGAAAUCUUUGAAGGUUACGAAAAACAAGAUUUCAGACAGUGCUCCAACCCACCCAAAAUCUGGGAGAUAAUUGCUGCAGAUAAAGCAGCACGACACACUGCAGUCAGUACAAGAGCGGCUCCGUGUUCAUCAGAUAUUGAAGGUGAAUUUGUGAUACAGAAGUGUCAAGGAGGCAGCUGUAUAAUAAAGCUAUGCAAAACAGAUCAGACUGGAUUGUUUGAAAAAGGCUGCAAGUUCAUACUAGCAGAAUUUCAAACCCUAACAUCAUCCCUAAUGGAUAUGCAGAGUGUUGAAUCUGUGACUGAGUUCUGUACAGCGCAAAACCAUCACGCGGAAGCUCCAAACCAACAAAAUCGAAUGUGCGGACACAGAAGCACUUGGGAUGUCAUCCGGGAUUCAGCUGACUUUAAGAACGGCAAACCCAUGGCUGGCCCGCCACCAAAACCUGUCUUUUCCUUGCUGAAGUCUGUCCUCAGAAGAGUCUGUCUGGUGCUUGAUACGUCUGGAAGCCUGGCGAAAAGAGAUCGCCUGAAACGAAUGAAUCAGGCAGUCCAGUUCUUCCUGCUGCAAACUAUUGAAGAAGGAGGCAUAUUCACGACUCCUUCGGAUGCAGCAUCAGUGAGUGGCCUUAUCGAUGCUUUUAGUGGACUUUCAUCACAAAGUGGAAAUUUCUCUCAACGGUCUACCCAGAGUAUUCAAUCGGCUGCACAAAUCCUAACCCUGACAGUGACUUCGCCCACAUCGGACCCUAUGGUGCCCCCACUGACCGUGACUCCUCGCAUGAAUAAAGACACAGAAAUCUUCCCCAGUCCAAUGGCUGUUUACGCUGAAGUUAGUCAAGGGUUUUUGCCUGUUCUUGGAGCCAAAGUGAUCGCAAUUAUUGAACCCCAACGUGGAAAAAUAGUUACUUUGAAGCUUUUUGAUAAUGGGGCAGGAGCUGAUGUGAAAGCAAAUGAUGGAGUCUACUCAAGGUAUUUCACGGCUUAUAAGAGCAACACCAGACACAGCUUAAAAGUGCUGGCUUCCAAGGGGAAGAACAGACUGAGUUCAAGUCCCCAACUGAGCCGUGCUAUAUGUAUUCCAGGUUAUGUCAACCCACCAAAACCUGAAAUCAGGCCUGAAGAUAUUCAGUCAAAAGUGGAAAGUUUCAGCAGAACAGCCUUGGGAAGUUCAUUUGAGAUUUCAAACGUUCCCUCUGGCCCAAUACCAGAUAAUUUUGCACCAUGUAAAAUUACUGAUCUUGUGGCAAAAACUGAAGGAGAUGAAAUCCAUCUGACUUGGACAGCUCCAGGGGGUGACUAUGAUGAAGGACAGGCUACAGGAUACAUCAUAAAAAUGAGUGAGAAGGUCCUCGAGCUAAGGGAUAGAUUUGAUGAUGCCUUGCAAGUGAACACUUCCACUCUGAAACCCAAGGUUGCCCACUCCUGGGAGAACUUUGUGUUCAGACCAGAAAACGGCACCAUAGCAAAUGGCACUAGCAUCUUCGUUGCCGUCCGGGCUAUUGAUAAAGUCAAUCAGAUAUCGGAGAUAUUCAAUAUUGCACAAGCCGCUUUGUUCAUCCCUCCACUGGACCCCAACCCUGCUGACACUGGAAAGAAACCCAUCGGUGUUUCAACAAUCGUUCUGGCCGUGACUGUCUCAGUGGUUUCGUUACUAUUGUUGUGA